AUGUUACUUACGCAGUCCUAUCAUAAGAAUCUUAUAUCUUCUGUCCUAGGCGGACUUUACUCUUCUCGCUCCUGCAUCAGUAGACGUACACUCCCUUGCGCCCCCGUGCACAGCAAACGGUAUUCCGCGAGCACCCCCGGUGGUGACAGCGACAAAACCAAGUCAGCCGCAGUUCUCGGCGGCGGUAUCACCGGCUUGUCAACGGCAUGGUACCUUACGAGGUUUGCCCCGGGUGUCCCAAUUACGGUGUACGAGCAGUCUGAAAGAUUGGGGGGAUGGCUUCGCUCGAAGCAGGUUGAAUACGAAGGAGGGACGGUGUUAUUCGAACAAGGCCCUCGCACUAUCCGUCCAUGGACAAUCGCAGGUUUAGUCACCAUAGAUAUGAUUCGGCAACUUGGCCUCGAAUCAGAGCUCCUUAUAAUUCCCAAGACAUCACCGGCUGCAAAGAACCGCUUUAUUUACUAUCCAGAUCGUCUCAAUCAACUCCCCGGCGACAUCGCCUCCGUCAUCCUGUCCUUCAGGUUGCCCGUAAUGAAGGGUGUAUUUAGUGGGAUGAUCGGAGAACCUUUUCGGCGGCGUAGACCAACCGAUAUCGAAGAUGAAUCGGUUGGUUCAUUCCUUACCAGGCGUUUUAAUAAAAGCCUGGCAAAUAACCUCGCAUCCGCAGUCCUACACGGAAUAUAUGCAGGUGAUGUAGAUCAACUCAGUGCCAAAUCACUAUUUCCAGGAUUAUGGAGAAGCGAGGAAAUACAUGGGAGCUUAAUGAGGGGUGUAUUUGGAAAGGGAGAAGAAACUCUAGACGACCAAGUUGUCAGGGCAGAAUUGCAUAAAGACAAUCAGGGAAUAUGCUCAAACAUGUCUAGUGCAAGCGUGUACACCUUCAAAAAAGGAAUCGAAACACUUAGUCUUGCGCUUACCAAAGAGCUCGAGGCCAAUCCCAAUGUUACUAUUAAAACCAAAUUUCCCAUACAGGGGCUCUCAUAUACGUCAGGGAACCCACUCCCAGUAAAAAUAAUGCAUCUAAGUACACCACCUACCCAUCACUCACAUACAAUCUCUACUCUCUCUGCUGCCUCCCUCGCUUCUCUUCUCCCCACCGCUACACCCUCACCAUCUCUAUCUGCUAUCUCUGCAGUUACGGUCCUCGUCGUAAACCUAUAUUUCCGCACCCCCUCCCUCCAUCGUGUCAAAGGCUUCGGUUAUCUCAUCCCAAAGUCUAUUCCUGAAUCCGCCAACCCUCACCACGCUCUCGGUGUGAUCUUUGAUUCUGACACAAGUCCAACCACUGAAACCGGUACUAAAGUCACAGUAAUGCUAGGCGGUCACUACUGGUCCUCGCGUAGUACAUAUCCAGAUGAUGAAGAAGCCGUACGCAUGGCGACAGAAACAUUGGAGCGCCAUUUAAGAAUAACAGAAAAGCCAGUAUUGAGUAAUGUGACUUUGCAGAGAGGAUGCAUUCCACAGUACCAUGUUGGACACAACGAGAGACUCGGAAGAGCUCAUUCAGAUCUGAUGAGGAGUUUUCGGGGGCGGCUAUCAGUGGCCGGCAGCAGUUUUGGAGGCGUAGGGUUGAACGAUUGUGUGCGAGGCGCGAGGAAGGUCGCAAAAGGCGUUGCAGAGGCAAUGCGAGGACAAUCAGAGGAAGAUAGAGGACUCACUGGAUUGGAGUUAUGGUCCGAAGGAGGAAUAAAGUGGGUUAGCAAGACUGAAUAG